AUGACGAUACUAAACCCCGGCACUGGAGCGGCGAGCGCUUCUAAACGCGAAGCUCUACAUUUAUGCAAUGAGCGAUUAGGACAGUGGCUCGGCGACGAAGAUGGACCUUUGACUCUGAGCGCAAUGGCGAUCGGUGGGAGCGCAAGAAGACAGCGCGCUCUAGCUGAGGUCGACGGUAUAUUUGCAGGCCUCACAUAUCUCAACAAGGUGGGGGAUUCUCAGGAGAAUAUCCGAUACGACCCAACUUUCCCAGGCGUCUCCGGGACAUCGGAAGAAAGCAUACUUCACAGCGAUACCACGUACCUUGAUCUCGAAGAACUCGUGGCAAAGUGUGCCGAAGAAGAAAUACGGACAAAUGAGAUCAGGCGGGCGUGGUCAGGCCUGCGAGAUCUACGAAAAGGCCUAGAACAACAACACUAUCAGCUCAGGGGCGUAGCUUUUGAGGAGAACUCAACGAAAAUCCAGGAGCUUUUGUUGAAAAACUACACCAACCCCAGGAGAAUGGGAGAAAUAGGUAUCUUGGCAUACCGAGAUGUCCUCGAUUUGGUUGUUCCGGAUACUCUUGCUGAGGUUGUCGCAUUCGCUUCAGUUUCCUACGUUAUCUCGAACCUUCUACUCCAACGUGGCCGGAUUGCCGAAACAGACGUGCUCUCCGGCUUACAGCGCUGGGGGGGCUGUAUCUCCGAUGAAAGGGACCGACAUACUUUUGACCUAUUGGCUUCGAAAAUGUGGCCUCUGGAGCAUCUCCGGACUGCGGAUGACAUCGAGAAACGCAGCGGCCAAGACGACGACCAAGGUUCGCAUUAUCUUAGAGCCAAACGGUCAAGGCUUGAGGAUGAUGAUGCUCCGCUUCCACUGGGUUUUCAGCCCGUUCAAAGCAUCGCUGGACAGGGCAGCUCAUCGAAGGAGAUGCGAGAUGCUGCUCUACUCACCUCGCAAGGGCUAGAGAUGCUAUCAGAAAAAAGCCCAAUUGCGGCUUGCAACCAGCAAAACUCAGUUGACAUCGAAACCUUCGGUGGCGACGUUAUGAAUAUCACAGAUCAGACAUCGGAAGAGUAUGACUUCAGUCAAUUACUCUCUCUACUUGGAGAUACUAGUGGUGCAGUGGGAGGACCAGGCCAACACAACGACUCUCUGUGCCCCUCAGGCCUCGACCCGAAAAGUAGCGAUUACUAUUGGACUGGUCUUUCAUUCGACCACAUCCCUUCUCAGACCUUCUCGCCUAUGGAUGAUCCUCACUAUCCCCAGCAGUGGCCGCCUCCCGCCGAAGGAUGCCCCUCAUUCAGCACAGAUGACCCUGCUGUCAAGCGAAAAAUGAUCAAAUUCAAGUGUUUCAACAGAGAUAGCGACACUGCAAUAUUCAGGUUGCGAGAUACUCCAAUGUUCUUAGUUGUGGUGGCAUUCGCCCAGGAUACAGGCGACGUUUUCUAUCGGCUGUCAGGCUGUGGGAAAACUGUCCACGCUCUGAGGAGAAGCUCAGCAUACGCCAAAGAGAGAUCGAAAGCUGAAAGAAGACUUCGCCGGGAUUUGUUUGAUCCGAUGAAAGGUUCCGGAGAAAACAAUGUGGUAUUCCUUGCAUUGCUGUCAGUGGCGAAGAAUUUUGUAAUAUUGGGGAGUUUGGUUACUCUUGAACAUGCCCAAGAUUACCUGGUUGCGAUUUCUCGUGAAGUCAUCGAGCCUGGUCGUGAGCACGAGAAGUUCAUUCGUUGGAUUUUCGGUUCCUCAAGCUUCGAUCCCUCUAGCACAAGAGCUUCGACUCAACUGGGUACAAAGACCAGACAAGAGCAGUUCCCAUUGGCGAAACAAGACGCGUAA